ACGCCUGAAUAUUUCCUAGUUGUUCCCCCGAUGGCCCGCUUGCAACAUCUAUGUGAGCGGGUCCUUACGGAUUCGGCGCGUGUAUCUGAAAUUUAAAAAAAAAAUCCGUUGUCUGUGACGUGCAGUGAACAGUGUUUAUUUAGUGUUGUGGAAUAAUUUAUCGAUAUUCAAAUUUGGAAUGAAGCUCGCAGAAAAGUGAGGUGAACGCAUCCUUUUAUUGUUCUUUAAUUAAAUAAAAGUGAAAGUGCCUUCGAAACAGUGCAAGUGACCAAGGAUUGAUUUAAAAAUGGAACGCUGUGCUAUCGACCGAUCCUAAAACUCGAAAUUACUACACGCGUUCGACGUAACCCGAUUAAUAAAAUAAUUAAUGUGAUUUUAGAUAAUUGAACGCAGUUCGAUAAGCUAAAAUCUGUGAUCGCUUUUGAAUUAUAUGGAAUGCUAGAAUUUUGAGCCCGUUUAAAAUUCUCUUAAACUCCUCCUUCUGCUUCGGUUUUCUUUUUACAGAUUUUGAUUUUUUUUUCUGUGUUCGGAAAUCUAAAACCACAGUAUACGGGAUCAAGUGUAUAAAUAACAAAAUUAAAAUAAUAAAAUACAAUAAAUAAAACAGUGCCUUAGUAGAAUGUUUAUUUAAGAGUUUUAUAAAAGAGAAGGAACAACAGAAACCACGGCGUCGACAAAAUGCCAAAAAACUUGUUACUUUUCAAAAAGUUAAUACCAGAAAUAAACUUCGCGAAAAGAAAUCUUACAUCGCCGCUAGGCCGGAAUAUAUAUAUCAGUUAAAAAAAACAACAGUGGUGCUUUAUCGUCAACAUAGUUGAAAAAAAUAAUAAGCAAAGACAUACGAAGUAGAAGUGCCAUAAAGCUUUUUUCGAAGAAAAUUGCUUAUGGUUGAAAAAGAAGUUGCCUUAGCCGACCAAGUCGAUUCAAAUUAAAAAAAAAUAAUAAAAAUAUAUCAAAAAAAGAAAGCAGGAACACCAAAUAGAUAGUGCGAGGCGCAAUGCGAAUACGAUUCGUGCGUUUUCAAAAUAAUUCGAUAACUUAAAAAGUUUGGUAAAAAACCACGGAGUGAUGAUGAAUAAUAAUCAGUUUCACGAGCUGUUCGGGUCCCAGUGGCCCCCCGAUCAGCAUGGGGGUCAUUCCUCGGCCUCUACAAUGCUGCACCAAGGCCAAGGUUUGCCCCAUGGAAUGCAGUUAAAGCGAGAACCCCACGACGUACAGGGGGUGAUGCAUAACCAAAUGGGCAUGGAUAUAACAUCGGGAUCAGUGGCCGAUAGUACGUCUCCACCUCCAGGAAGCAGUGAGGGGAUGUUCAGCUCAGCGAUAUCCGGGAUGUUCAUGGAUAAGAAAGCAGCCAACUCUAUCAGAGGUAAAUCACAAAUCGAGAUAAUACCAUGCAAGGUAUGCGGAGACAAGUCUUCGGGGGUUCACUACGGAGUCAUCACCUGCGAGGGCUGCAAAGGAUUCUUCCGCCGCUCCCAAAGCACAGUGGUGAACUACCAGUGUCCGAGGAACAAAGCCUGCGUAGUUGAUCGUGUCAACCGCAACAGAUGCCAAUACUGUCGGCUGCAGAAGUGCUUGAAGCUGGGCAUGAGCCGUGAUGCGGUGAAAUUCGGUCGCAUGUCAAAGAAACAGCGCGAGAAAGUGGAGGAUGAAGUCAGAUAUUUCCAAGCACAACAGACUCGAGCACAAGCCGACUCAGCCCCGGACUCAGUGUACGACACACAACAGCAAACGCCCAGCUCCAGCGACCAAUUCCAUGGACACUACAACAGCUACCCCGGCUACAGCUCCCCCCUACCGUACGGCUACAGUAAUCCCCCCCUCAACUCAAACAUGAACAUCCAGCCACAGCCUCCUCAGUAUGACGUCACGGACUACGCAGACUCCACUACACCCUAUGAGCCGAAGCCCCCGUUCUUGGACACAGACUUUAUUGGACGUGACGAACAAAAGACCAUCAGAGCAACAACAUCAACCUCAACCGCCACAACAUCAACAACAACGAUGCGUCAGUCAACAAUAAACGACAUCAACAGACCCAGGAUACAAGAGUUCGACAGAUACGAGGAGAGAAUCCAAUCUCCGGCGUCAAUAUCCAACGGGGUCAUAAGCAUAAAGCAGGAAAUAAAACCGGAAACAUCAAUGGGAGUCGACAACCUGGUUGCUUCGUACGUCGAUUCGACAACCUUCCUCCAUAGUCCAACCAACAUGCAUAGUCCAAUGGAUAUACAGAACACGGUACUUGUGAGCGGGCAAAGUUCAGUUUCCCUAACCAGUGAGGAGUUGAGUCCAGAUGAUUUGACGUCCAGUAGUGGGCACGGGCGGUUGAUGGAUCCGUUAAAUAUGAACAUGUCGGGAAUGGGAAUGGUCAAUCCGAACGCGGUUUCGAAUAGAAGACAUCAGGGGACGAGUUCAAGUGACGAUUUGCCGUCGGAAGGGGACAUAAGCAAGGUGCUGGUAAAGAGUCUGGCUGAAGCACACGCGAAUACAAACCCGAAGCUGGAAUUCAUACAUGAGAUGUUCCGGAAACCACAGGAUUUGCCCAAGCUUCUGUUCUACAACUCAAUGACUUACGAGGAGAUGUGGCUGGACUGUGCGGACAAGCUGACCGCAAUGAUCCAGAACAUCAUCGAGUUCGCCAAACUGAUCCCCGGCUUCAUGAAGCUCAGCCAGGACGACCAGAUCCUGCUGCUUAAAACAGGUUCAUUCGAGCUAGCCAUAGUGCGUCUGUCGAGACUUAUCGACGUCAAUCGCGAUCAAGUUCUAUACGGAGAUGUCGUCCUACCGAUAAGGGAGUGCGUUCACGCGCGUGACCCUCGUGAUAUAACACUGGUGACGGCGAUCUUUGACGCUGCAAAGACGAUCGCGCGACUCAAGCUCACGGAGACCGAGCUCGCUCUGUAUCAGAGUCUCGUGUUGCUGUGGCCCGAACGUAACGGCGUCCGCGGCAACCCCGAGAUCCAGUGCCUGUUCAACAUGUCGAUGGCGGCCAUGCGCCACGAGAUCCAGACCAACCACGCGCCACUCAAGGGCGACGUCACAGUGCUGGACACGCUCAUCAAUAAGAUACCCACCUACAGAGAACUGUCAACGCUCCAUUUGGAGGCGCUGUGCCGAUUCAAGGCAGCACACCCCCACCACGUGUUCCCAGCUCUGUACAAAGAACUGUUCUCGCUAGACAGCGUUGACUACACAUUACACGGAUAAAUAGAGAAUUAUUUCCCUAGGUGGAUAUAUUUCUUUGCGUUGCGACUAGAUCUCAUUUUUGCCUAUGAAAACGGGACGUUGGCGAGUGAGGCCGAGUUACUUCUAAAGACAGCUACAUUUCAUAUAUUAUUCCCCCCGUGUCUGUACCACUGAAGACGUCUAUCAGUUUGUUAACCUAUUUAUAAUUGUAUGUAUGUACUUUGAGACUGUUAUAAUGAUAUUUAUGUAUUCGUACGUACGUACAAUAUUAAUAUUUAAAUGUUUAUUUAAUUCGAGUCUAAGUACGGAUAGGCGUCUUCAGUUUUACAUAUAUUGCCAGAACGGUUGGCGAUAUAUUGAUCAACUUUACAUUUAUUGUCAGAACGAUUGGCGAUAUAUUGAUCAGUUUACAUUUAUUGUCAGAACGGUUGGCGAUAUAUUAAAUACUUUACAUUUAAAUGUGAAGUAAUGCGUAAAACCGAGUAUCUCAUACAAAAUAUUACAUUGUAAUCCAACACUUUCUUAAUUAUUAAUU